UUCUGCCGACACUGGGAGGGACAACAACGUCUAUGAAAUGUGAUCCACAAAACUUUCACGAUGGCAGGGAUAAAUACUUUCCCUGUUAUCCUACAGUUAUAUAAUAAGUGCAGAGGAGCUGGGAUAUGGGCCAAGAUGGUUCUGGAAGCUGAGAAUGGGAAGGAGACUAUAACCUUCUCAUCAGUAACCAAGCCUGUAGCUGCAGCGUCCUUAACCCCUGCACCAGGAAGGAGAAAGAAACCUUCUAAGGUGAAAAAGGACAGGAAGAGGAAGGAGGCCUGGUUGGAGAAGAGAAGUCAGGGGAAGGAAAAACCUUCUCAGACAGGAGAAAUAUCUACCCCUGAAGAGGCCUGGUUGAAGUCUACAGCUGAAUUAGAAUCCUACACCCAGCCGGGCUUUGUCAGGUCAGAUCAACAGGUUAAACCAGUUCAACCGAAUACAAACUUUACUGAUCCCUGCAGUACAGAAACCUUAUGCAGUACACUUUGUAGUACGGAGAAGGAAAAAAAUACUAGAGCUGAGGAAGCAGCUCAAAAUUCAGGAGAUAUAAUCAGGACCCCAGGGGGAACUUCCUUAGCAGUGCUACAACCUGUACCUGCUGUAAAGGGGGGAAGUGUAAGUAGCGAACACACUUCUCUUGUCCCUGGGACACAACUUGGCGAUACCACGGACUUUGACAUGGAUACACACAUGAUAAGAAUUGAGAAGGAGGACAGGAAUAGUUUAUGUGCUAAAUGUGAUGGACGGCCAGCUUGGUCUCCAAUCUACAGAUCUGAGACUAUCUGCAAUACAGAAUGUGCUUGGGUUGCACUAGAAACAAACAUUAAGUCAAGUACAAGAUGGGUUGAACCAAUCCACAUGAAAGAAUGCAAAUCCAACCCGCAUAAAAAGAUUAAUAAGCAUCUCGUGAACUUUUCAGUUUGUUUAAAAUGUGAAAACCUGUUUGAUUAUGAAUGCAACCCUGCCUGUCCACAAGCUAAAUCUAAACACCCCUGUGUACAAUAAUGUUCUAAACUAAGAAAAUUAAAAAUGAUAUUCACUUGACUAGUAAUUAUAAUCUAUGUAUAUCAAACAUUUACGUUUGAUAAAUCUAUAAUAUGUAUGUAUCAUUAAUAAACAUUUAGAUCUUAAAAAA